GCUGUGAACGGUUGUUGUAGAUAUUCGAGGAGUGAUUCAAAAUGGUUAUUUAAAUAAGAUGAAUAGUGCAAUAAUUUGCGACCUUAAACUGUUAUUUUCUAGUUCAACAUUUGGCCUCUAUUCUGGUAUCUUCAGGUAUCGAGUAUGUUACUACGCAACCAAAUCGCAGAAGAAGAAGAAAAAGAGACCAAUGCUAAGUGAAAAACAACUGAGCAGGCAUUUUAUUGACUGGCGACAUGUAAGUGUGUCUGGUGGCAAAGGAGGUGAUGGCUGUAUUUCAAUGGUACACUCCAACCGAUCUGACUUUGGUAGUCCUGAUGGUGGCAAUGGUGGCAAUGGAGGCCAUAUUAUAUUCAUCGCUGUGAAAAAAGUGAUAUCUUUAGAAGCUGUGCACCAUCAAUAUAGAGGAGAAGAUGGUGUCAAAGGAGGAAAACAGAAAUGUGAUGGUAGAAAUGCCAAGCACACAAUUAUAAAGGUUCCUGUUGGCACGGUGAUAAGGGAAGAUGGAGAAUUAUUAACUGAUUUAGAAAAGGAAGGUGAACAGUUUAUAGCUGCCAGGGGAGGCAUGGGUGGUAAAGGAAAUUCUUUCUUUGUGUCAAAUGAGAAUAAAUCACCAAUGGUAGCAUCACGAGGAUCUACUGGUAUGAAAAGAACUUUAGAAUUGGAGUUGAGAAUGAUUGCCCAUGCUGGGCUGAUAGGAUUUCCUAAUGCUGGUAAAUCUUCUUUACUGAGAGCUCUGUCGCAUGCCAGACCAGCAGUAGCUGCUUACCCAUUUACCACAUUAAAUCCACAUGUUGGUAUAGUAGAGUAUGACGAUCUAGAACAGAUUGCAGUUGCAGAUAUUCCUGGGCUUAUACGUGGAGCUCAUUUGAACAGAGGACUUGGUCACUCUUUUCUCAGACACAUAGAACGCUGCCAGUGUUUAUUAUAUGUAAUAGACUUAUCUGCCAAUGAACCUUGGACUCAACUUACUGACUUGAAGUUUGAACUUGAACAAUACCAGAAGGGCCUAUCAGAAAGACCACAUGCAAUAUUAGGCAACAAGAUUGAUCUACCCGAAUCUCAUCAGAAUUUAGAACAUCUGGAAAAUCAUGUGAUGCUCCCAAUCAUACCAAUAUCAGCUAAAUGUCUAACAAAUAUCGAAAAACUUAAAGUGCAUCUCAGAAAACUAUAUGAUGAACAUGUUGAGUGA